CUUUCUCUUUUGCUAUUUCUCUCUCUUUCCUCCUUUAAAUAAAAGCCACCGUUGCUUUCUUCACCACAAGCUACCUACCGUCUAAACUCUCCUCAACCUCAGAGAAAACUUAUCAAUGGCUGUUGAAGCAACAUAUAUGAAUCUAUUGGCUUCUCAGUUUACCACUACCAGAGAAUAUGUUAAAUCUGAACCGAACGUGAACAAUGAUAUCACCGUCGGUUUUCCGACAACUUUCGGAGUUCAAAAGUUACCGUACGCUCGGACCAUUGAAUCAGAAAGCGAUCUCACAUAUAAUUUCAACCAAUCUCCAGCUCCUCCUUCAUUAAUAUCUAAACGUCAGAGAGAUCACACGUUUGACAUAAACACUCCAAUGCCAUCUCAGAAACGGAGGUCAUGCGCGUUUGAACCGCAAACGUCUUUUAUCGACGCUCAGAUCCAACAACAACAAUCAGAGAUCGAUCGGUUCGUCGCUCAACAAACCGAAACGUUAAGGCUAGAGUUAGAAGCGAGGCAACAGACGCAAACGCGGAUAUUAGCGUCAGCGGUUCAAUCAGCGAUUAUCAAAACGCUGAAAGCGAAAGACGAUGAGAUUGCACGAAUGGGGAAGCUAAACGGGGCUUUACAAGAGCGAGUGAAGAGUCUUUACGUCGAGAAUCAGAUCUGGCGUGAUCUCGCUCAGACCAAUGAAGCUACAGCUAAUACUCUCCGGUCAAAUCUUGAAAAAGUUCUCGCCCAGGUCGAUGAUUUUCCGGGGACGGUAAACGGCGGAGAUGGGUUUUGUCAUUCGGUUGAAGAGGAUGCGGUGUCGAGCUGCGGAAGCUGUGAAGGAGCUGAUGGGGAUGAUGUUACGGCGGUGACGGGAGGAUGUAGAAGGUGCGGUGAAAAAAGGGCGAGUGUGUUGGUGUUGCCUUGCCGUCUGUGUCUGUGUACGGUUUGUGGAUCGGCUCUGUUACAGGCGUGUCCUGUAUGUGAUACGGUCAUGAACGCUAGUGUACAUGUCAACGUGUCAGACUCGUGACCGUAAUUUUUCUAAUUUUAGUUUUUUUUUAGUGAAGGAUUAAAUAGCAAACUACUGCUCUUUUAUUAAUCUUGUUGGAACUAUUAAUUAUCAAAUUGAUUCAUUUUUUUGUAGUUA